GACUGGCAACUGAGCAAGAUGAUUUUUAACUAAAUCACAGUGGCGUUAUAAGUCAAAUGUGAAAAGUCAUUGUGGGUGGAAAAAUUGUGUGAAAAUAUACCGGCUGCGUACAACCCGCAUACGCACCAAGACAUUUUUAAUUGACCAAUCGCUUUACAUAACAAGUGCGGAGAUUGCUUCUUCUUACCAGCGAUCGGCAUUCCACACAAAGGCUGUUAUUCCAGUCAGGAGUCUAGGCGACGCUAGGUGCCGCAGCAGAACCAGGCGCAACCCGAAUACGGCCCACGGAAAACACAUACCGCUGUCCGGAGACCGACCGACGACAGUCAGCAGCUGAAGAAGAACAAGACGGACGAAGAAGAAGAAGAAGCAGCAGCAGCAGCAUUGCAGAGAUGCCUUCCAGCAAUCCCCUGCCGCCCAAGGAGGGUGCGCUCUUCCGCAAGCUACUUAAAUGCUACGAACUGAAGCAGUACAAAAAUGGCCUUAAGCUGGCCAAGCAGAUCCUCUCGAACCCGAAGUAUAUGGAGCACGGCGAGACGCUGGCCAUGAAGGGGCUUACCCUGAACGGUCUGGGGCGGCGCGAGGAGGCCUACAAGUACGUGCGCCUGGGACUGCGCAACGAUCUGCGCUCCCAUGUGUGCUGGCACGUCUAUGGGCUGCUGCAGCGCAGCGACAAAAAGUACGACGAGGCCAUCAAGUGCUAUAGGAAUGCGCUCAAGUGGGAGAAGGACAACCUGCAGAUCCUCAAGGACCUGUCGCUGCUGCAGAUCCAGAUGCGAGACCUCGAGGGCUACAAGGAGACGCGCCACCACCUGUUCGCGCUGCGCCCCUCGCAGCAGGCCUCCUGGAUUGGGUUCGCCAUGAGCUACCAUCUGCUGCGGGACUUUGAGAUGGCCAAUAGCAUCCUGGAGACAUUUAGCCAGUCGCAGACCGCAAUUGAGGCUCACGAUUACCGGCACUCGGAGCUGCUGCUCUACCAGAACCAGAUACUCGUCGAGUCGGAGCGCCUGCAACAGGCCCUUGACCAUCUAAUCAAGCACCAGGGCCAGAUUGUCGACAAGCUGGCGGUGCUCGAGUCCAUGGGUGACCUGUACAUCAAGCUGCAGCAGCAGGAGAUGGCGGUGCCUAUCUUCGAGAGGCUGAUCCGGCGCAAUCCGGAGAAUGUGUUCUACUACGAGCAGUAUCUCGCUGCCCGCCAGGUCACCGAGCCCAGCGCCGUAGUGGCGAUCUAUCGUGUGUUUCAGGAGCAGUAUCCGAGAGCCCUCUGCCCCCGCCGCCUGCCGCUGAAUAUUGCCAACGGCGACGAGUUCCGUGUCGUUGCCGAUGAGUACCUGCGACGCGGUCUGCGCAAAGGCAUACCGCCGCUAUUUGUCAACGUGCGCACGCUGCAUCAGGUUUCGGAGAAGGCGGCCACCAUUGAGGAGCUGAUGUUGCAGUACUACGAGAAUCUGACGCGUUCCGGUCACUUCUCGCGCGAGGAUGCCGACGCCGGAGCGCCCGUCGAGCCGGCCUCGGCACUGGUGUGGACGGCCCUGUUCCUGGCGCAGCACUAUGACUAUAUGCGCAACACGGACUCUGCCCUCGAGUACAUCAAUGUGGCCAUCGACCAUACGCCCACGCUGAUCGAGCUGCUCAUCACGAAGGGUCGCAUAUUUAAGCAUGCAGGCGAUCCGGUGGAGGCCUACGUUUGGCUGGAGGAGGCGCAGAGCAUGGAUACGGCGGAUCGUUACAUCAACUCAAAGUGCGCCAAGUACAUGCUACGCGGAAACAUGGUGCAGGAGGCCGAGGAGAUAUGCGCCAAGUUCACCCGCGAGGGCGUUUCCGCCAUGGACAAUCUGAAUGAGAUGCAGUGUAUGUGGUUCCAGACGGAGUGUGCCUUAGCCUAUCAGCGCAUGGGUCGCUGGGGCGAGUCGCUGAAGAAGUGCCACGAGGUGGAGCGCCACUUUGCCGAAAUAGUGGAGGAUCAGUUCGAUUUCCAUACGUACUGCAUGCGCAAGAUGACGCUGCGCGCAUAUGUUGGCCUCCUGCGGCUAGAGGAUGUCCUGCGCCAGCAUCCCUUCUACUUCAAGGCGGCCAAGUGCGCUAUCGAAGUGUAUAUUCGUCUCUACGACAAGCCGCUCAAGUCGGAGGCCACCAUCGAGGAGAUAGACAUUGAGAACCUGCCCCCCUCGGAACUGAAGAAGCUACGCAGCAAACAGCGUAAGGCCAAAAAGAAAGCCGAAUUGGAGAGUGCGCAGGCCGCGCAGGCGCAGGUGAAGCGUGAACAGCACCAAAAGUCGAAGCAGCAGGCCAAUCAGGAGACCGACCCCGACGCCCCCCAAUUGGAUGAGCUGGUGGCGGAAAAGCUGGAGCGCACGGACGAGCCGCUGGAGAAGGCAAUUGAUUUCCUAAAGCCGCUGCAGCAGCUGGCCAAGGAGCGCAUCGAGACGCAUUUGCUUGCCUUCGAGGUGUACUAUCGCAAGAAUAAGUUGCUCCUUAUGCUGCAGUCCAUCCAGCGGGCUCGCGCCGUCGAUCCCAAACACCCCGAGGUGCACAGCUGCGUGAUACGCUUCAUCAAGUCCCUGGCCUUAUCCGCCAAGCAGCAGCCACCGCUCAACGAGCAUGUGCAGCAGGUUCUGGACAAGGCCACCGAGGAGCUGAUAGGCCGCAAGACGCCCCAGCAGCUCAACGACGAGUUCAUUGCCAAGCAUAACGCUUCCAUACUGCAUUUAUACGAGGGUGCCCGCAGUCUGUACGAGCUGGACCCCAGUAAAAAGGCCGCGGCUAUCAAGCUGGUCACCGGCUUCAAUCUGAGCAAGAUGCGACUUGAGGAGGCCAUCAAGGUCUAUACAGCGUUGCGGGACGGCGAUGUGUUUGGCGAUUGCGAAAACGAGGCGGCUGCCUAUCAGCAGGCUUGCCACGAACGCUUCCAGUAUGCGCGCAUCUUUCGCAAUGUAGAGGAGCUGGAGGCCCAGCUGCAGGAGAAGGAGGCGGCCAGGCUACGCGCCGAGGAGGAGCAGCAGCAGUUGAAUCACGUUGAUUCCAGUGAACAGGCGGUGCCGGUUCUGGCAACGGCUGCGGCAGCGUCUUAGGACCAAUUAAGACUGCUACAAAACAUCCAAAUCAACAACAGCAACAGCAACAUCAACUUUAAAAACAACAGUUAAUAGCAAGAACAGAUACUGCGGCAAAACAACAAUAAGGAAAAGCGAGAGAAACCUAAACUAACAAGAAAACAUCAAAAAACCCUAUGAACAGGCAUAAGCUUAACUAUAUAAACAACGGCAAACCACAAUAAAAAAUCACUAUUAACAACAAUCAAACAACCAUAACGACAAAACGGCAAAAAUGCUGAUGAGAUGAAGAGGCUCAGAUCAGAGAAUUCGUAACGAAGGCAGGGUUGAAACCAGCUUUGCGUCCGUCCUGGGAGAAGGCCUCGAAAGUCCCACUAGCAGCAGAUUUUGAUAUAUCUAUAUACAUAUAUAUAUAUAUACAUUUGGAACAAAAUGGAACGACACAAUAUAUGUUGACAACAUUGGC